AGAGAGGAGCAGCGGAGCUAUGGAGCACAGCGCGCCCCGCUCACAGCGGCCCCGAGCGGUGAACACGACCGCGCUGCCGCCGGAGCUGCGCAGUGAACGUUGAACCAUAAGUCACCAUAAGUCACCGUAUCCACACUCACGGUUGAAUGAGUUGAGUGAGUCGCCUGAGUCCCCGAAGCCCCGGCAUGUCCGAGGAGGACGUGGCCGUCGACAGGAACCGCACGGACCCGGGACACGUGGGGCGCGCGCUGGGCUCGAGCGCCAGACCCGCCUGGGCCAUCGCCGUGCUGGCCAGCGUGCUGAUCUUCACCACCGUGGUGGACGUGCUGGGCAACCUGCUGGUCAUCAUCUCCGUGUUCCGCAACCGAAAGCUGAGGAACGCAGGGAACGUCUUUGUGGUUAGCCUGGCCUUCGCUGACCUGGUGGUGGCCUUCUACCCGUACCCUCUGGUCCUGUACGCGCUUUUCCACGAUGGCUGGUCCCUGGGGGACACGCAGUGCAAAGUCAGCGGUUUCCUGAUGGGCCUGAGCGUGAUCGGCUCUGUCUUCAACAUCACGGGCAUCGCCAUCAACCGCUACUGCUACAUCUGCCACAGCUUCGCCUACGGGCGCCUCUACAGCUUCCGCAACACGCUGCUGCUGGUGGCCCUGAUCUGGAUGCUGACGGUGCUGGCUAUCCUGCCUAAUUUCUUCGUGGGGUCGCUGAGCUACGACCCGCGGGUGUACUCGUGCACGUUCACGCAGACGGCCAGCAGCUCCUACACAGUGGUGGUAGUGGUGGUGCACUUCCUCGUGCCUAUCGCCAUAGUGACCUUCUGCUACAUGCGCAUCUGGGUGCUGGUCAUCCAGGUGCGGCGGAAGGUGAAGAGCGAGGAGCGCUCGCGGGUGCGGCCCAGCGACUUGCGCAACUUCGUCACCAUGUUCGUAGUGUUCGUACUGUUCGCCAUCUGCUGGGCGCCGCUGAACUUGAUCGGCCUGGUGGUGGCCAUCAACCCCGAGGUGAUUGCGCCGCGGGUGCCCGAGUGGCUGUUCGUGGUCAGCUACUUCAUGGCCUACUUCAACAGCUGCCUCAACGCCAUCAUCUACGGGCUGCUCAACAGGAACUUCCGCAAGGAGUACAAGCGCAUCGUCACGUCCGUGUGGAUGCCGCGGCUCUUCGUAACUGAAACGUCCAGAGCGGCGACGGACGGCAUGCGCAGCAAACCCUCACCAGCCAUCAACAACAACGAGUGACUGCGACAAAUGCACAAUGCACUCGGCCAGUCACUGUUUCCUCACUUUUCUCUCUCGCCUCAAAGGGGAAACGGGUGGGGGGGAUGGUUUGGGUUUUGGAGAGGGUGGGGUGGUGGG